AUGCUUGCCCAACACAAACCUCCCUCUCUGGACUCAGUGCUACAGGUUCUGACGGAACACAAGUGUGUGACAUACAGAAAAUGUGUGAUUUAUUACUUGGUGGUUUGUCCUAUAUGUUGGCUUACAGAUGCUGCAAUUUUAAAGGCCAAAGAUUUCAACAGUCAUAAUGGCCUCCUUAAAACCAGCACUGUAGUUGGAAGCAAAGUCAUACAGACCAGGGAGGAAGCCAAGACUGGUCCAGCAAAUGACUUUAAGGACAACAAAGAGGAAAACAACAACUCUUACGAUUUCACAACAAUAGACAAGUUAAUUGAAAGACAAGGCGUUUUCAUCCCAUACCAUGAACCCACCAUGUACCAUGCUGCAGCAGUCAAAACCAAAUCUAUUCCGGGAUUCGACAUCCUGGCAUUCCCUGAUUUUUUGGGUCAUGUGCCGAAACCGGAAAAUGAACCCAUGGCCACACGCAAGCCGGGCGUUCAAAGGCAGAAAGUGAUUGAAGAUAUCCAGCGUUUCAUGAAUACAGAUGACAUCAUUAACCAAGUUGUCUUUGACAUGGAGGAUGACAGAUCACCUGACAUGCCAGAUUCUUUGAGAUUUUUUUCAAGGUUUGAAUGCGGAAACCUCAGAAAGGCCAUUCAGGUUCGCAGAUAUGAAUAUGACCUCAUUUUGAAUGCAGAUGCCAACUGUAGCCAGCACACUCAGUGGUUCUACUUUGAAGUCAGUAACACGGAGCCUGGUGUUCCCUAUCGUUUUAACAUCAUCAACUGUGAGAAGAGCAACAGUCAAUUCAAUUAUGGAAUGCAGCCAGUUCUUUACUCUGUAAGGGAUGCACUAAAUGGUCAACCCUGCUGGCUCAGGUCUGGGACUGACAUAUGUUAUUUCAGAAACCACUUUUGUCCAGCUCGUGGCAGUCGGAGAACAACAUUUUAUACACUGACGUUCACCAUAACCUUCAAACACAACGAAGAUGUGUGUUACCUGGCCUACCAUUACCCCUACACGUACACAGCUCUAAUGGCUCAUCUGAAGUUGCUGCAUCGGUCAAUUGAUCCCACUAAGAUGUAUUUCCGGCAGCAGAUUCUCUGUGCCACUCUCGCUGGAAAUCCCUGUCCAAUUGUCACCAUUACUGGCUGUCCUCCAAGCAGGGACUAUAAAGAUAUUCAUCAGCUACGUAAUCGGCCCUGUAUUGUGCUGACAAGUCGCGUACAUCCUGGUGAGCCCAAUGCUAGCUGGGUAAUGAAGGGCACCCUGGAGUUUCUAUGCAGUAGAGAUCCAGUAGCCACGGCACUGAGAGAAACCUUCGUCUUCAAGAUCGUCCCCAUGUUAAAUCCAGAUGGAGUCAUUAAUGGAAUGCAUCGUUGUGAUCUGAACAAAGAAGACCUGAAUCGGCAAUGGAGCAAACCAGACCCUUUUCUCUGUCCAACAAUCUACCAUACCAAAGGUUUCCUUUACUACCUCAACAGUAUCGGACGAACCCCCCUAGUCUUCUGUGACUAUCAUGGCCACUCUCGAAAAAAGAAUGUAUUUUUGUAUGGCUGCAGCAUGAAGGAAACUCUCUGGCAGUCAAGUUCUGCUGUGGACACGGCAGGACUGAAAGAGGACCCUGGAUAUCGGGCUAUUGCAAAGGCCUUAGAUCGUAUUGCACCGGCAUUUUCUUUCAACAGCUGCAACUAUACGGUGGAGAAGUCGCGUUCAUCCACUGCCAGAGUUGUUGUCUGGAGAGAAAUUGGCGUGCUGAGAAGUUACACCAUGGAAAGCACCUACAAUGGUUUUGACCAGGGAAUAUACAAGGGUCUGCAUAUGGGAAUCCGAGAGCUGGAAGAAAUGGGAAUGAAGUUUUGCCACAGUCUGCUGUCCAUGACUAAAGAUACAAAGGAACUUUAUGACACGAGUAUGAUCAAUUACAUUAACCUAGACCACAACAUCCAGGACCAUAGGUCACACAACAUUUUUGAAGAUGACGAGCCUCCAUGUGCUGAAGAAAUUGAAUAUUCCAUCGAGUGUCCUGGUCUUCCAGGCAGUGAUUUAGAAACAGAUGUAAACAAAUGCAUGGCCUGCACAGAUGAAGAGGAGGGUGUUGCCCACAGUUAAGUGCUGCACACCAACACGUACCACACAAAAAACACACAACAAAUUAUAGUAAAUUGUAAACCCAGAAGUGUCAAUAAGUUCAUUUUGCUUUUAGAUUAAUCUGAGUUUUUACAUGAUUAUUGCAAUGAUUUUUAGUCACUAAUGGCAUUCAUUAACACGUUAACACAUGAACAUCAACCUGUUGACAAAAAUAGAAAAGAAAAAUAUUAGCGUUCAUGCAGCUUUAGAACCCUAUUUGUUUUUCAGGGGAGAAACCGAUGGCAAACAAUAAUAAAACUCCAAGAGUGUCCCUAAGUGUUGCAUAAAAUGCAGUAAUAAUGUUUUUUUUACAUGAAUUAUUUAUUGUCAUACUGUGUGUCUGUAACGAUAAAAUCUUGACAAAUAAAGUACAUUGUGGACGUUUUAA